CCCCUGGCUGUCAGCAAUGGCGAGGCCCCUCCCGCGGGCUGUCAGCCAUGGCGGUGCCGCUCCCCCCCCCGUGCUGUCAAUCAUGGCGGUGCUCCUCCCGCCCCGUCUUUGAUGUUUUGGCGCGAUUUGGCGGCGGCUGAAGAGGAGAGUGGGGAUGUCGGGGCUGCAUUCGGAGCCUGUUUUCGGGCUGACUCAGGCCUGGGUUCGCACCGCUGAGGCCCUGGCCGCGCUGGAGGCGAUGCUAGAGUGCUCGGGCUGUUGCAAACUGCUUCAGGAGCCUGUCUGUCUUGGAGGCUGUGAGCAUGUAUUUUGCCGAGUUUGUGUUGCUGAUUCCUUUGGAAAGAACUGUCCAGUAUGUCACUCUCCUGCCUGGGUGAAAGAUCUGCAGCCAAACAGACAGCUACACAGCAUGGCCAAUCUGUGCAGCCAGCUUCGAGGUCUACUGGAUGAAAGAGGCUCUCCAGCUGCUAAAUGUUUUCCAGCUGGGCCAGAAAUUAGCCCUGAAGGAGUAACUGGUAAAAAAUGGCAAAUGAGAACAUGGUUCAGUCCUCGCAGUAGAAAAAUGAGAUGUGUGCUGGAUAUGGACGUUAGUAGGAAAAAUCAGAAAGUGAAUCCAAGCUCUGGUUUUAAUGGGACACCAUCUUCAGUGUUUGAAUUCUUGUCGUCGCCAUCUCCUCCCCUUGAUUCUCCAAAGAAGAAACGUCCAACCAAGUCAAAACAGGAAGUGAGGAAAAGAUUGGCUGAUGCCAAUAAAUAUUGGGGUUUUGGAAAGAGAAGAAGCAAGAAAAUGGAGAGAAAAAAUGACAGCCCUGGGAAAGUGGAUUAUGAUAGAGUUGUCUCAUUUUGCAGCCAACCAGAGGUCUCCAGUCAGGGACAAGCAAUUCCAGGUGAGAGAGCUGAAGAUUCACUUGCAGUUCCACUGGCCGACAGUCUGAUUGGCUCCAGUACAGAGUCGUCAGCCACAAAUUUAAUUAACCACCCUUCUGAAGCAUGUUCCAUUGCAACAGUUUCCAGCUGCAAUGAUGUUUCCCUUGGACAGUUGGAUCAAACCUUCAAGAAGAAAGGAGACACUUUUUCUCUUGUUCCUGUGCCAACAACACAUUUCAGAUCCAAAAGAGCAAGAAAAUCAUCAGAUUCAAGAACCAACACUCCCUCAAAAAAGAGCAGAAAAGAAGUACAGAGUCCUUGCUUUGAAAGGCCACCUGCAAAUCAUAUUGCAAAUGUAUGUGAGCCAGCUAAAUUAGACACGCAACAGAAAUCGCCAGCUACUCCAGUAUUUAGAUCUCAGUUGAACAAGGAUAUCAAUGGGCCACAAGCCUUCUCUUCAGAAAAUAGCUGUAGUACACCAUCUAGCAGAGGCAAUAGUCAGAGAAAACAAUAUGCAACACAGAAAUCUCCUCGAACGCCAUUACCUGUGUUUAGAAACCAGCCGCCUGGAAGUUGUGCAAUGACUCCCAUCUCUCCUCUUACUCCCACGAUGAAGAGAAAUCACAAGGGUGAGACUCCACUUCAUGUUGCUUCCAUAAAGGGUGACAUUACAACAGUGGAACAGCUAUUGGAGAAUGGAGCUAAUCCAAACAUCAAAGACCAUGCAGGAUGGACACCAUUGCAUGAAGCCUGUAACCAUGGACAUGUGGAAAUUGUAGAGCUGUUGUUGAAAUUUGGCGUUUUAUUGAACACACCGGGAUACCAGAACGAUUCUCCCUUGCAUGAUGCUGUCAGGAAUGGACAUGUAGAUGUUGUCAAGCUGCUGAUCUUACACCGAGCCUCUCAGAAUGUGAUCAAUAUCUUUGGUUUGCGGCCUGUUGAUUAUGCAAAUUCUGAAGAAAUGAUUGCAGCUCUACAGCACUCCCGUAAAGAUGAAGAUCCAGUUGCUGAGCAGAGCUUUGCAAUAACUGCAAGCCAGCGAAGAGAUAGACCUAUAGUGAUGUUGGGAAGUGAACUCCUACCAGCCAAGAAGAAUAAACUUAACAAAUUAGCCAAGCUUCUGAAAGCUGGGAACUGCACGGAAUUUAAUACCUCGGUGACGCACAUUAUUGUUCCCAAUGACCAUGCUCUCUGUACCAUGAAAUGUUUGAUGGGGAUCAUCUCUGGCUGCUGGCUUGUGGAUUUUCAAUGGGUGACAGCCUGCCUGGAGAUCAGUGACAGAGUUGUAGAAGAAGACUAUGAAAUAAGCAGUGUAAAUGGUCCCAAACGUGGGCGACUCAACCAGGAGCAGCAGCUGCCAAAGCUGUUUGAUGGCUGCCACUUCUAUUUCAUGGGGCCAUUCAGAAGUUACAAGAAAGAUGAGCUUGUUCAUUUGGUCAAGGUUGGUGGGGGCCAGGUCCUUGCCCGGCAGCCCAAGCCGGAUAGCGACGUGACUCAGAGCAUCAACACUGUGGCUUACCAUGCGUUCCCUGGCUCAGAUCAGUCAUUCUGUACACAGUACAUCAUCUAUGACAAAGACAGUAAUUACAAGCCAGAAAAAGUGAGGCUGGGCAAAGUAUGGACUACCCAUUCUACGUGGCUGAUUGACUGUGUGAAAUCAUUUGAACUGCUUUUGGUUCCUGAGCACUAAUGGAAUUAUAUCUAUAUAUGGAGUUGAUUUAUUUUAUAAAAUUAAGACUCAAAACAAUGUGCAUCUAUAUACUAUUGAUUAAAAAUUAUGAAAAAUAUUGCUUUAAGAUGUAAAAGCAGCUCAGAGAAAAUGUGAAUAAUAAAAUUAUGUGUCAAAAUUUGGUUAAACUAAUCACUAAAAAUUGCUUUAUAAUGACCUUCCUCUGUAACUUUACUUAUACUGUGUCACAUUAAGUAUUCAUUACGCUAAAUUAGGCUCAUUCAAUAAAAAGAUUUAUUUUA